GCUUUGGCCUGCCUGCCCCGCGGCCUCCGGAGCCAGUUCGCCGUCCGAGUCGCAGCCACCGCCACGAUGUGGGCCGUCCUGCCGCUGCUCUGCGUCGGAGCCUGGCUCCUGGGCCCCACCGCCUGCGGCGCCGCCGACCUGGCAGUGAGCUCCCUAGAGAAGUUUCACUUUAAGUCAUGGAUGUUGCAGCACCAAAAGAAAUACAGCUCGGAGGAGUACCACCACAGGCUGCAGGCGUUUGUCAGCAACUGGAGGAAGAUCAAUGCCCACAAUGCCGGGAACCACACAUUCAAAAUGGGACUGAACCAGUUUUCAGACAUGAGCUUUGCUGAAUUAAAACGCAAGUAUCUUUGGUCAGAGCCGCAGAAUUGCUCAGCCACCAAAGGUAACUACCUUCGGGGUACUGGUCCCUACCCAUCCUCCGUGGACUGGCGGAAAAAAGGAAAUUUUGUCUCACCAGUGAAAAAUCAGGGCCGCUGCGGCAGUUGCUGGACCUUCUCCACCACCGGGGCCCUGGAGUCUGCUGUCGCCAUAGCAACUGGGAGACUGCCCUCUUUGGCCGAGCAGCAGCUGGUGGACUGCGCCCAGAACUUCAACAAUCACGGCUGCCAAGGGGGUCUCCCCAGCCAGGCCUUCGAGUACAUCCGGUACAACAAGGGCAUCAUGGGUGAAGACACCUACCCCUACAAGGGCCAGGAUGGUGACUGCAAGUUCCAGCCCAGUAAGGCCAUUGCUUUUGUCAAGGAUGUAGUCAACGUCACAAUGAACGACGAGGAGGCGAUGGUGGAGGUGGUGGCCCUGUACAACCCUGUGAGCCUUGCCUUCGAGGUGACUGAUGACUUUCUGAUGUACAAAAAGGGCAUCUACUCCAGGCCUCUUGCCUGUUUUGCGAUGUGAGUUCGGCCACUUCCGGUAGUGUCUCCUUCAUGGCCUUCCUUGUCAUCUGGCCAUUCCUAAGUGCAGGUGUUCUCCAGGGCUUUCUCCUCAGCCCUCUGUUCACACACUCCUUGAACUCCACGGCCAGCUGUUUGCUGAGAAAUUCCAAGUCUCCAUCCGCCAGCCUGGUCUCUGGCGGGUGUUAGACCCACAGAUCUAAGGGCCUCCCCGCCGCAUCAAGCUGGAUGGCCCGUGGAAACCUCAGAUCCUGCGUUUCCGUCCCUCACCAGAUGCUGCCCCAUUAACACUGCUCAGAAGCGUGCUCUCCGCUCCCUCCCCGUGUCUCUGCCCACCGUUGCCUCCUUUGCCUCCUUCCUGCUCUGUCCGUGUGCCCUCACUGCUGGUCCAUUCUUCACGCGGAGCCAGAGUCAGCCUUCUGGAACACCCUUCUCGCCACACCAACUUCUCCAUCCUCCAGUGUCUCCCCACCGUCACGUGUCUUAGCUCGGCUGGGGGAUCCCUCGUGAUCUGGUCCUUUCUCCAAGCUCAUCUCUCGUCAAAGCUACCCGCGUCCUCCCUGUUCCACCCCGUGCCCCUGCCCCUGCCCUGCUGAAGAGCUCAUAGUUUUAUACGAGUCCCCUGCCUCCCCAGGGAAGCCUUGCCCCUGCCCCACCCCGUUCCCACCUGGUUGGAUCCCCUCCCUUGGGCUCCUGUCAGCCCCCCAGCCGUCACAGCCCUCAGUCCACUGUAUAGAAGUAGCCUCUCUGCCAUCCUGCUCCCUGCCGAAGGAGGCGUCCUAAUCCAGGAGCAGAGUUUUGCACGCUGCUGGUGUCUCGCACCUCGUCCCCGGGCCUGGCACGUGCCAACAACUCAGUUACAUGUCGGCUCAGUGAUCACACGACCACUGCAGUUUGUCCUCUUGAAAUUUUCAGAAUUUCCUCAUGAGAACUAGUUCACUAGCUAAAAUGAGAAACCUGUGUAAUUGUCCCAAAUACAAGGUAAUCUUAAAAUUAAAUACAGUGGCAACAAAGCAAUGCCAUGUGAAACUCCAGCCGGACACUGUUGCCCACAGAAGGUGCAGCAGGAGGGCUGCUCUCUCCUUGUUACGAAAGAGGCAUCAGAAAGCGUCAGGUGUCAGAGCUGGGCCAGCACCAUGCUAAAUCUCGCUCCUUUGGGUGAGAAGAACCCAAGGGGCUGAAGAGAAUACUUCUCUUGCCUUGUGACUAAAGGAGAGUUAAUUCACCACCUUAAAUGCCUCCCAGUCCCCACUUUGGGAAACCUUGCUCUAAUUCACUUGUUGGAUGUGAUCGAAUCACCCCUUUUUAUUUUUUUCUUUGGCCGUGCUGCACGGCAGGCCGGAUCUUAGUUCCCCGACCAGGGAUCCAACCCACGUCCCCUGCAGUGGAAGCGCUGAGUCCUAACCCCUGGACCGCCACGGAAGUCCCAUAUAUUUUCCAUAUUUUCAAGCUCUUUCAUUUUCAUU